AAAACGUUUACACAUCAACACAACAAAAACUUGUCAUUCGAUUUGUUGAUCGAACGAUUGAAAACAACUUUUGAACUUGAGAUUUGGUUUGUUGUACUCUUUUUAUUUUAAAAUUGUAGUCUAAAUAUUAUCGAAUAUUUAAAAAAAAAACAUUGUUAACAUUCAUGAAGUGUUGAAUUGUUUGCUAUUUAACGCAUUUAUUGGAGUUAACACAGAAAUAGAUUAGAAAAUGGCAGCCGGUCCAAUAGCCGAACGUAAUCAAGAUGCCACAAUUUAUGUUGGUGGACUGGAUGAUAAGGUGACUGAAUCAUUACUCUGGGAGCUGUUCGUACAAGCCGGUCCAGUUGUUAAUGUUCAUAUGCCAAAAGAUCGAGUGACACAAAUGCAUCAAGGAUAUGGUUUUGUGGAGUUUUUAAGUGAAGACGAUGCUGAUUAUGGAAUAAAAAUUAUGAACAUGAUCAAAUUGUAUGGAAAACCGAUUCGAGUGAAUAAAGCGUCUGCACAUCAAAAGAAUUUAGACGUCGGUGCAAAUAUAUUUAUUGGAAAUUUGGAUCCCGAAGUGGACGAAAAACUGUUGUACGAUACAUUUUCGGCGUUUGGAGUUAUUUUGCAAACACCAAAAAUUAUGAGAGAUCCAGAAACGGGUAAUUCAAAAGGAUUUGCAUUCAUUAAUUUUGCAAGUUUCGAAGCAUCUGAUGCUGCAAUGGAUGCAAUGAAUGGACAAUAUUUAUGUAAUCGACCGAUUACGGUGUCGUAUGCAUUCAAGAAAGAUUCAAAGGGUGAACGGCAUGGAUCGGCUGCCGAACGUUUAUUAGCUGCUCAAAAUCCAUUGUCGCAUGCCGACAGACCACAUCAAUUGUUUGCUGAUGCUCCAGUUCCGAUGAUGAUGAACCCAAUGAUGCCACCACCACCGCCGGCACCACUACCACAAUCACAAUUUGGAGUUACUAUUCCACCGCCACCGAUGCCACCAAGACCGAUUAUGCCCGCACAACCGCCAUUGCCUGGAGCACCACCGGCUAGAAUGCCACCUAUGCCAUGGCAAAAUUUUCCACCUCCUCCUGGUGCUUUUCCACGACAAGCAUUCCCACCUCCGCCAAUGCCACCGCGACCACCAGCAUUUCCCGAAGGAUUUCCACCACCACCAUUCUAAAACAUUUCAGUCAAUACACACUGUCGCCGAUUGUAAUUUUUAAAUAAAUA